AUGGCCAAUCUAUCUCUCCCGACCACUUUCUACCCUCCUCUAGACAACAACACCCAACAAAUCCGACUCCUGUCUUUCAAAGACGAUGGGAACUUUGCACUCGAAGUUUUCGAUUUGGCGGACCGUCCAGAUUAUAUCGCAUUAAGCUAUGUAUGGGGUUCUCCUGACGAAGUUGACGAAAUCAUCGUCAAUGGGCGGUCGUUUAGUAUUCAUCAGAAUUUGUUCCUCGCGCUUAGGGCGAUUGGGUGGCAUUUGAGGAACUUUGCGGAGGGUCAGGGUAAGAAUGAGAAGUCUAAGUUGAGAGUUUCAGGUAGAGGUAUGGAAGUCGAGACUGAGAUACCGGAGGUACAGAAUGCUCAGAGUGCCAAAGAUGAGGAUGUAGCACUGUCGCCAGGUCGCUGGAAGUACUUCUGGAUCGAUGCAAUCUGUAUUAAUCAGGACGACAUUCCUGAGCGUAAUAGUCAGGUUCAAAGGAUGGGUGAUCUAUAUACCAACGCGUCAUUUGUCAUGGUCUGGUUAGGACCAGACGUCGAUGAAUCUCUUGCACACAUUAGUAAGUUUGAGAAUGGUACACUGGAAUUAUAUUCAACCGCAAGCGACGUUGAGAUAGCCGAAGAUGUCACGGUGAAAAACUUCUUCGGGGCAGCAUACUGGCGUCGACUCUGGAUUAUCCAGGAAUUUGUAUUAGCAAGAACGCUGCUGUUCGUUUCAGAUACAAGGACAAUACCUUUGGACGUCCUAAUGUCGAAGUUAUGGUUUAACCGGGAUGCUAGCGUGCGGAGGUACCCUUUCGUACAUACUGCACUGAGCCUGAGAACUAGUACUCGAAAUGUAUGGUUGACCUUGUCUUCACUGCUUGUAAGCUUGGGAUCGCAUGAAUGCUUAGAUAAAAGGGAUAGGGUAUAUGGGCUACUCGCGCUUGUGGACUGGACCGGCUUCCGUCAACCUCCAAUCAAAGCAGACUAUUCGUUAAGUGCCAAGCAGUUAUAUGGCUUGAUUUGCACAAUCUAUUCUUCUGGUGUCGAUGCUUACUACUUUACUUUUGUUGCGAAAGCGCUCGGUGUCGAACCGAAUAUCGCACCGGAUGUCUAG